UUUAAAAAAAGUUCAUAGCAUGUAUGUAUGUAUAUAAAUGUAAUGUCAGUUCGACAGUUCGACGACCAUGGCGGAGUGGUUACAGUCAAAAAUUGUUCGUCUUAGCGAAUUAAAUUCUGUUGAAGAGAAGAAAGAUAUCCUAGCGGAGAUUAAAAUUAGAUUGAGAUGUUUAAGCAACCGAGAAUCCGAACAGGUCUCUCAGAAUCUCGACUAUGGACAAUUGUUUACUCAGUUAACCUCGAACGACAGGGAAUUCGUGAAUGAAGUAUGCGAUAUCUUGAAGACAUUGUUUAGUCUAUCUGAACCUGAAGACAUACAUGAAAGAUAUGCAACUCAUAUGCCUCGAUUGAUAACUCAUCACGAGGAUGUAGUCAGAUUGCUGAUAUUGCAAGAAAUUUUGUGUAUCGUGUCCGAUCCUCAGUUUCUGUCUGUGUUGCUUGCGGAUACCACUUUAUUACUAGCUGCUAUAAACAGAAUUGCAGAUGAAAAUUUGACAGUAGCCGAAUACGCAAUGCGUAUAAUAAAAGAAAUAGGCAAAAAUGCGAAUGAUCUGCAAAUUAAACAUACCUUUGAAUUAUUGAAGAGUUGUACUAGAUUACUAGCAAAAAACGACACUAUUAGCUUCCGCAUCUAUGAAGUUGUUGUGGACAUAGCAAAGUCUUCGAAGCAGGGGUUAGAAGUUGCUGCCCAAUCUGGAUUCUUAAACAGCUUAUUUGAUAUUUUGGAGGAUGAGGAUAUAUUGCUUCAAGUAAACGCAUUGGAAGUCCUGACACAAUUGGCAUUAACGGAAGAAGGAUUAAGCUACCUGGAGCAACAAGAUGUACUGAGGAAGCUUGUUCAGAAGAUAGCUCAAGCAAACGAGAAUCCAUUGUCGAAUCUACUGAUUCCCGGUUUAAUGAGGUUCUUUGGAAAUGUCGCACGUCAUUGGCCAAAUGAAAUAUUCUCAAAGUACCCGGUUGUAGUCUCCUCGUUAUUCGAGGUGAUUGAGAGCGGGGAUCAAGCUCUACUUGGUGUUGCAUUGGACACAUUAGGACACGUUUCUGUAAGCGCAGAGGGUAAAUAUGUAUUGCAGGCCUUGGGAGAUGCGAUGCCAUGCGUGCUGAAGAAAAUUGCGGAAGUUAUACAGACAAUGCCCACGGCGUUAAGAAUCCGCGGAUUGGAAAACUUAGCUCUUAUACUCGAUGUGAAGAAGGCUGAACAAGACAAUAGAAUUCUAUCGUUAACGAAGUCAUGGUUCGACUCUCUUUGCGAUGAGCCAUUGAGCAUGAUCAUAGCAAUAUGUAGGCAACCGUUCGCAGAUAUCAGACAAGCAGGCUUGGAAGUGUUGGCGGUUAUAGCUGCACAAACUUGGGGCCAGGAAUAUAUAUCCGUUUUUCCAGGUCUCGUAGAGUUUUUACUGGACACAAACAUAGAGAGCUUCAAAGAGUGCAAAGAAGCCAAAUACGAAGUCGUCAGACAACUGUCUCAAGCUGAACCGAACAUGUUUGAUGGUACCACCAUGCAGAAGUUUGUGGAGUUUGUAAACCAAGGACCACACCAUGUUGAAAUUAAUAUCGAAGUGGCAACGUACAGUGGCCUAUGAAACUCGUUACGUUUCAUUUUGUUACUCUAUUGGACUAUCGUUUACCAAAGCCGAGGAGCACUUCGGUGGACUUUUUGCGAAAGAAUAUAUAUUCCCUUUGUCUGAAAUUACUUUUUAAUAAUAUAAGUCAAAAGAAGCAUAUAUUUAUUUUAUACACGUACUAUACAAACAAGAGGGUGCAUUUUUGUGGUGAGGUGAGAGCGAACGAACAUACAAAGACAAAUAAUUUAUUUUAUAUGUAACAAUACAUUCGAAAAAGUUAAGACUAACAUAGUUUUGCGACAAUGCAAAAAAGUUCGGGCAACUCUCUCACUCUCUCUUUCAUUCCCUCUUUCUCUCCCACCCUUUCUCUCUCGCUCUCUCUCUCUCUCUCUUUCUCUCUUUCACAGAGUUUGUAAACUCUUCUGUGUUCUUCUCGCAUCUGUUCGCGAGAUCUUUCAUUGACAUCAGUUACAAUUAAAAUAAAGACGUGUAUAAAUAAUUUUA